AUGGCCGCGGCGUCUCCGACACCGCUACCUUCAUAUGGCAACGGCAGGGUUACUCGACAUGCAUCAACGCGGAUGAUGCAAAGUAGGCGAGAGUCUCCUCUGGCUGCGCUGGGCAUGUCGCAGGGCUUCACGGACAAUGCGCCUAUGCUGCAGAGCAUCCACGUUGGUGACAGCUCAGACGACGAGGGACCAGCUCCAAGUCUAAGCAAGUACGCAGAGGAGAUUAUCGCCCAUAACGCAAUCAAUUCACCGGAACGACAACGACGUGAACCAAAGCUACGAAUUACGAGGGACCCUUCAGCAUCGAAUACACCAAAGCCUGAAUCACACAUAACACCGGCGCUGUCAAUGAGGAUCAAGAGGGUUAAUGUCAAGGGAGCUCCUAUGCGAAGACAGAAGCGAACGCUGCAAGGAGAAGACGAGGCGCCACCUUCACAAGAUCAGGAGAAUGUACCAAUGACGGCUAUGAGGAAAGACAGUCCUGUAGCGAUGAUCGACUCAAUAUCAAGGGAGACGAGGGAAUCCAGGGAGGAAAGGCAUGUUCCUCUUGCUUCCCUAAGUGCGAAUACUCCUCUGAGGCCCGCACCCCCACCGCCGCCGAAGAUGUCAGUCCUAGAGACAGCUACUGCUGCGGGUGGUGCCUCAACCACAAAGACGAAAAGACGGAAGAAUCACAUCAUGGUGAACGGGAAGAUAUACUCUCAGAUGGGAAAGAUCGGUAAAGGCGGAAGCUCCGAUGUAUACCGAGUGAUGGCCGAAAAUGCAAAGAUGUUUGCUUUGAAACUGGUCAAACUGGAAGAUGCCGAUGAAAGUGCUGUGCGCGGCUACAAGGGCGAGAUCCAGCUUCUCAAGAAGCUCGAAGAUGUCGAUCGAGUUGUGCGACUGUUCGAUUAUGAAGUAGACGAGGACAAGCAACGUCUUAGUGUGUUGAUGGAGAUUGGUGAAUCCGAUCUGGCUAAAACUCUUCGUCUCAAGCUCGACAACGAAAGCUCAAAGUUUGAUCCUACGUUUACACGCUACUACUGGAAAGAAAUGCUUGAAUGUGUUCAAGCAGUACACGAUUUCGACAUCGUCCACUCAGAUCUAAAACCGGCCAAUUUUCUGCUGGUCCAAGGCCGACUGAAGCUUAUUGACUUUGGCAUUGCCAACGCUAUCGACAUCGACAACACUGUAAAUGUUCACCGCGACAGCCAUGUGGGUACACCGAACUACAUGUCACCAGAGUCUUUGGAGGACACCAAUGCAGUCCACCGUGGCUCCGGCAGAUCCUCCAUCGGGAAAAUGAUGAAGCUAGGGAAGCCUAGUGACGUAUGGAGUAUGGGAUGUAUCUUGUACCAAAUGGUAUAUGGUCGCCCUCCAUUUGCUCACAUCUCAUCCCAAAUACGGCGCGUUAUGGCAAUCGUCGAUCACAGCUUCAAAAUUGAAUUUCCUAGUAGAGGCGUGGGUGACGUGCGCGUACCCUCCAGCCUUCGUUACACACUUCGGCGGUGCUUGAACCGAGACCCGGAUAAACGACCGACGAUUCCGGAAAUGUUGGGUGAACAGGAUACAUUUUUGAACCCAGAUAGCAAUGAAGACUUGAGGAUCUCCCAAGACGUCCUCGCUCAAAUCAUUCAACGCGUCGCGUUAAGAUUUAGAGAUCCCAACAAGGCACCUCCGACCGACGAAGAGAUACGGCAGUAUCCUGCAAGCUUUUAUGCUAAGAUCCGGGACUUACAAGAUCACCUUGUGGAUGAGGAUUAG